ACACAUUAAUUCAGGAAAUGUGGACGUUAUCUCUUCCACCUGCUUUAUCUUCCUUACACAUUAAUUCAGCCGAGAACUCGAAAAGCUUGAUAUUCAUGGCCAGACCUUGAAGCAGAGAAAAUCUGCCCUGCAGGAAUUUCCGAGUUUUUCGCAAUUCUCGAUCGAGAACCCGAAUGAUGGAUGAGUCCACUGGCAAAGACCAACGGUUCGUGGAAGAAGAAGAAAAGCCAGCAAGAGCCUUUGUCAAUGUCAGCUCCGCUCCCAGCAGCAGGGACAGGGAGCCCGCCAACAGGUGGAUGGCGUUUGGCAGUCCGCCCCGGCCCAAGGUCCCCAGUUCCGGCCCGAGCCAGCAGGCCUUACCUGGGUUGGACAACUCGGAACAGAUCCUGAACGAGGCCACUAUAGCCGAGAGGACUGCGGAGUGGGGCCUCAGGGUUCGGACCUCGGGCGGGUCGUCAGAGUUCGUGUCGAACCUGGGGGACAGCAAGAGGAAUUCACAUGAGAGGUUCGGCGGGGCCGACUCAACCAGGACUUCUGGGGAUUCGACCUUCAGCAGGAACUCGGGGGCGUUUCCGAGGGUCUCCCAGGAGCUGAAGGAGGCGCUGGCGACCCUCCAGCAGACAUUCGUAGUGUCGGAUGCAACAAAACCCGACUGCCCGAUCAUGUAUGCGAGUAGCGGGUUCUUCACCAUGACCGGGUACUCAUCCAAGGAGGUCAUUGGGAGGAACUGUCGAUUUCUUCAAGGACCAGACACUGACGAGAACGAGGUGGCGAAGAUAAGGAACGCGGUGAAGAACGGGAAGAGCUAUUGCGGGAGGCUGCUGAACUACAAGAAGGACGGGACCCCAUUUUGGAACCUCUUCACUCUCACCCCCAUUAAGGAUGAAAAUGGCAACACCAUCAAAUUCAUUGGAAUGCAGGUCGAGGUCAGCAAGUACACUGAGGGUGCCGUCGACAAGGCAGUACGGCCUAAUGGAUUGCCUCAGUCUUUGAUCAAAUAUGAUGCUCGGCAGAAGGAGAAGGCCUUGUGUUCCAUUUCGGAGGUCAUCCAGACGGUGAAACGUCCCCGAUCCCACAUUCGUAGUAUGAGCAUCAAGAACGAAGAUGUAGAGAAGUUCAACCUCGAUUCUUAUCUCCCAAAGUUGUCCGAGAAUGAUGGUACGCCUGGUAGGCAAACUCCUCGAGUAGAUCCAUUAUCCAAAGUGUCUCGUACAAGCUCUAGUCAGGACUUGGACAAGAAACUGAGAAAAUCUGGACGUAUUUCAAUGGGGCUCAAAGCAAAGUCUCCAGGGAUCAAGGCGAAGCAAGAAGAAGAGCCGACCAUUGAGCCGGAAGUCUUGAUGACUAUGGAUUUAGAACGCUCCGAUAGUUGGGAUCGUGCAGAAAGAGAGAGGGAUAUGCGCCAAGGGAUAGACCUGGCAACCACACUGGAACGCAUCGAAAAGAACUUCGUCAUCACAGAUCCUCGACUUCCGGACAAUCCAAUUAUAUUUGCUUCGGACAGUUUCCUUGAAUUGACAGAGUAUACACGGGAAGAGAUUUUGGGAAGAAACUGUAGGUUUCUUCAAGGUCCUGAAACUGAUCAGGCAACUGUCUCAAAGAUCCGAGAUGCUAUCCGGGAGCAGAGGGAAAUCACUGUACAAUUGAUCAACUACACUAAGAGUGGAAAGAAGUUCUGGAACUUAUUUCACUUGCAACCAAUGAAAGACCAAACGGGUGAGCUUCAAUACUUCAUCGGCGUCCAACUCGAUGGGAGUGAUCAUGUGGAACCAUUAAGGAACCGCCUCUCAGAAGGAACAGAACUGCAGAGUGCUAAAAUAGUCAAAGCCACAGCAGAGAAUGUUGAUGAAGCUGUUCGUGAACUUCCUGACGCCAACUUGAGACCAGACGAUUUGUGGGCCAUCCAUUCUCGGCCGGUUUUCCCGAGGCCUCACAAAAGGGAUAGUCCUUCUUGGAUAGCAAUACAGAAGAUCACGGAAGCGGGAGAGAAGAUUGGACUGCAUCAUUUCAAGCCCAUUAAACCUUUAGGCUGCGGUGACACUGGAAGUGUCCAUUUGGUGGAACUGCAAGGUACAGGGGAGCUGUUCGCUAUGAAGGCAAUGGAGAAGUCCAUGAUGUUGAAUCGAAACAAGGUUCAUCGAGCAUGCAUCGAGAGGGAGAUUAUAUCCCAACUGGACCAUCCUUUUCUUCCAACGCUUUACACCUCCUUUCAGACUUCUACACACGUUUGUUUGAUAACGGACUUCUGCGCUGGCGGAGAACUGUUUGCCCUGCUCGACAAGCAGCCCAUGAAAAUAUUCAAAGAGGAAUCCGCAAGGUUCUAUGCAGCAGAGGUCGUUAUCAGUUUAGAAUAUCUUCACUGUCUAGGAAUCGUCUAUCGGGACUUGAAGCCUGAGAACAUCUUGCUGCAGAAGGACGGGCAUGUCGUAUUGACCGACUUUGACUUAUCUUUUUUGACCUCCUGUAAACCACAAAUAGUACACCAUCCAGUUUCGGGUAACCGAAGAAGAUCGAGAAGUCGGCCACCACCAAUGCUUGUUGCAGAACCCAUCUCACAGUCCAAUUCCUUUGUCGGAACAGAAGAAUACAUUGCCCCUGAAAUAAUAACCGGCGAGGGACACGCCAGUGCCAUCGAUUGGUGGGCUCUUGCAGGUAUUCUACUGUACGAGAUGCUCUAUGGUCGAACACCCUUCAGAGGAAAGAACAGGCAGAAGACCUUUGCCAAUAUACUGCACAAAGAUCUCACAUUCCCGAGUAGCAUCCCGGUAAGUCUCGCUGCAAGGCAAUUGAUCAAUGCACUGCUGCAAAGGGACCCUGCAACGAGAUUAGGAUCAAACAGCGGAGCCAACGAAAUUAAGCAGCACCCUUUCUUCCGUGGAAUCAACUGGCCCCUCAUACGCUGCAUGAAUCCUCCUCCACUUGAAGCACCUCUUCAACUGAUCAAGAAAGAUCCGAAAGCCAAGGACAUACGAUGGGAAGAUGAUGGAGUACUCGUCUCUUCCAUGGAAAUGGAUCUCUUCUGAAGGAGUGCGAGUAUGUCGUACAACACGGGGUGGAUCUCGUGCCAUUAUUCCUGCUUCUUCCUCUACUUAUUCAGAUAAAUGAUUGUGCAUUAAGGAGAAAAGCAAGCAAGGAGUUAUGUACCGAAGUAGAUAGUGUUUGGCGGGAUGACACAAGUCGAGUGGAUGAUAGCAUACGAUUGAGAGAUUACUUUUGUUCGCUUUGCUUGUAACUAUUCAUAGUGAAGAUGAAGGUUUUUAACUAUGUUGACGAGAAAGUUCCAAUAAAGGCCUUUUCAGAUA